AUGAGUAAUAUUGAUGGUUAUGACGAGAAGAAGAGUAUAUUUAUACACUUAGUCUCUCAUUCUCAUAUGGAUGUUGGGUGGAAUAUGAUUCCAGAAGAUUACUAUAAGACAAAAGUUAAGAGUAUAUUAAACACAGUUAUUGAUGCACUUUUUGAUAACGAAGAAAGGAAGUUUUCUUUCGCUGAGAUUUAUUACUUCGAAAAAUGGUGGAAUGAGCAAGAUGAAGUCUAGAAAGACAGAGUGAGAAGACUUGUAAAAGAAGGAAGAUUUGAAUUCGUUAAUGGAGGAUGGGUAGCUAAUGACGAAGCUUGUCCUACUUUUGAAGAUAUCAUCAUAAAUAUUAUGAUAGGGCAUUCUUUUUUGAAAAGAGAAUUUGGAAUUUAACCUAGAAUGGCCUGGCAUUGCGAUCCAUUUGGCCAUUCAGCUACGACUCCAGAUCUAUUUGCAAAGAUGGGAUUCGAUGCUUUAUUUUUCGGAAGAAUUGAUGAUGAGGAGAAGAAUUGGAGAAAGGUAAAUAGAUCCUUGGAAUUCAUAUGGUGA